CAUCAUGGCUGCACAUGGUAGAGUUGGUGGUCUCGGGGCAGCUAAACCAGCGGAUGCUGAGGUGCAGAAGCUCUGUGACGAGGUGAGGUCGGAGCUGGAAAAGAAAGUAGGAAAGAAAUUCAGCACUUUCAAAGCCGAAACGUACAAGACUCAAACCGUGAGUGGGACAAACUAUUUCAUUAGGAUCAAGAUGGGUGACAACGAGUAUAUAGACAUCCGUGUGUAUGAAGCUCUUCCUCAGGCCAACAAGAAGCCGGAGCUUAGUGGAUACCAAUGUGUGAAGACCAAGGACAGUGAUAUUGAAUAUUUCUGAAUCCGGUCCAGCGAGAGAAGAUCUGAGGCUCGCUGCCUUCAUCCAGCUGUAACCGGAGGCCUAAGUAGCCUGAGUAAUGUGUCCUUGGAGUCUAUUUGUGCAAGAU